AUAAGACGACCGAGCAACAGCAUCCUCUUAGGAAACAAACAGAAGCAGGCAAUAGGAGAAUAUAACUGCCUUCAGUUUCAGCAGAUCUGCUCAGGACAGGUGCCUGAACCGCACACAGCUCAGCUGUUCUCACACUCCGUGAUGAAGACUCCACUGUGGACGCUACUGUUGCUUGGACUGUGUAACCCAGCAUGGUGUGACUGCCAGAAGGAUUGCCUCUUCUGCAGCCAAAAACUGCCUAAUGAAUAUGCCUUCAACAAUUUGGUGUGUUUGGUAGAGUGUUAUGGUAAACUUUCUCCAGGCGACACCUGGGAGAUGUGUCGCAGGACCAUUGUGGAGCAGAAACCAAAAGCUUCAUUAUCGGUUGGAGGUGCCAUGCUGAAAAGAGCAGAUGAAGAGGUGGACACCUCUCUACCUGUGGACCAAGAAGAUGGAGAGAUGUCUGAAACCCUCCAGAGGUUUGACCACAUAACACGGGCUUUGGAAAUGGAUGAUCAGGACAGAGAUAUGAAGCUCAGUAAAAAAUACAAGUUCCUGCAACUACAGUCGGCACAGCAAUCUGAGGAAGAGCGAGAUGGAGACAACGAGAUGGAAGGUGACGAGGAAGAAAAAGCUGCCAUCCACCUAAUCAAACGCUUUGGAGGCUUCCUCAAAAACAAGUAUGGCUACAGGAAGUUCAUGGAUCCUGGCAGGUCUUUGCAAAAGAGAUAUGGGGGUUUCAUAGGCGUCCGCAAAUCCGCCCGCAAAUGGAACACCCAGAAGCGUUUUAGCGAGUUCCUCAAGCAGUAUUUGGGCAUGAGUACUCGAGCUAGCGACUUCAAUAGUAUGUCUGAUGUCACCCAACAGAAUGAGUAAAGUUGGAUCUUCGAAAAAAAUUAAAUUACCCAGCAAACCAUUUCUUAUGCUCAUUCGAAAGAUAUCAUGCACUGUUCUUCUUAAACACAAAAAAGCUCUCAUAGUGUCAGAGGGUUAGAUGUGCAUUUACUCAUUAUAGCAUCUAAUCUGUGUCAAACAAAGCUAACAAUAAGUAAUAUUAGCUUGAAGUUUGAAGAAAACUCUUCAGAUUCAAUUCGAGACAUCAUCCUAUUGCAUAUGAUUGGUAUGAAGGCCCCUAAUUAUACAUUGAACAAACACCAUUUAAAAGAUUUACUAGAUUCAAAUCCAUCUUCUCUACAACACUGCCACCUAUUGGUCAAUGAAAACUCAAGGUGGGAUUUCCCAGUAGCACCUGAUUGCAGCACACGAGAUCCAGGGGGCGGAGUUGAAUCCAGAUCUAAGGGGUGGAGAUGAGUAGGAUUAUGUGGGGUUAGGGAUCAGGGGGCAGAGAUAAAAUGGGAGUAGUUGGAUCCACCUGGAUUUCGUGUUCUGCGGUGAGGAAAAUCAAGGAUUUCGGGUGAAAUAGGCACAAAAUAGAACGAUUAAAGGAAUAGUUCACGAAAUAUGGAGAAGAAAAAAAAACUAUGGAGCUGCCAACUUUUGAGUUUAGCUUGGCGUGUGACUUGGGGUGGGGUGGUGUUGGCUGCAUGCAAGGUCGCUUGCUUACCUCUCUGCAGUCGUGCACGUGCGCGGUUAGGAGCUCAAUAUCUGUCGCGCAUGCACGCUCGCUCUAGAUUACAGGAUAUUUUAAAUAAUUUGCGGUAUAACUAGUCGAUCACGAGUGGCUCAACAGGUAGAUCAAUAGAUAAACUCAUCUUUCAGGCGUUUGACCGCCUGGAUUGACACUUCAGCUUGAGAAAUCGGGGGGUGUGGCGUGAUAGCGUGAGCUCCAAAAUCACCAUUAAAAUCUAAUUAACUUAACCUAUGAGAAACAGAGUACGUUUUUUUAAUUAUCACUUAUCACCUAAAUUUUGCUUUCAAAUCUCAAAUGAAACCAUUCUCAGUCACAAACCCAUUAUGAGUGAUAACAGAUUAAUUGUCUGUUCUUAGCACUAAAUAUAUUAGGCUUAUUACUUCAGAAGUAGCCUAAUGUUUUCAGCCCUAACCCCACUUAUAAACAUAAGCACCACUCGGCUUAGUACAAAUGUGAAUGUGCCAAUUAAUUCGAACUAGCUACCAAUUUGCCAAAACAUAAAAUAGUUGCAAAUUGCCAUGAGAUUGUAUUUGAGAAAAUAGCAGCUUGAACAAUCUGUUUAACAUUUCCUUUAAGGAAGAAAGAAAAUAAAAUGGGUUCUGACCAUAGACAGUAUAAGAAAGGUUCUGACCGAUAUGAGCAUGAGUAAUUGAUGAUAUAAUUGUAAUUUUUGGGUAAACUAUCCCUCUAAGGGGAUUAAGGAAAGCGAAUCUGUGUUUACUGUCUCCCCAACAAACAAAAUAAAUAAAAUAAAGCCAGAUUCCAGCAAAGCCUCAUCACUGUAAUAUGCCAAUACAAACAUAACAAAUUCUGUCAUGCACAGUUUGCAUCCUCAUCAAAGAAUGGGAAAAGCAAAAGCUUUCAUUUUAUUAUUUUUUAAGCUGUCAAAGUUUAUUUGAAUUUGUGCAAAUGAAAUGAUGUAUUUUAUGCAAACAUUGCUGAGUCAUACUUUUCCCUUUAUGCCGAAGAUAAAAAUCAGAUGUUCACAACAUGAACUGUACAUAGUAAAACUGAACUGUCAAUAAAAUAGUUUAAUAUUUUCUGUAGCUUGUCAUGCAGCAAAUGAUUGUGUCCUGAAGUAUUUUGUUCAUCAUUAAUUUCAGUCUAAGAAAAUGUAAUAUUUUCUACAUGCUCAACUUAUUGUAAACUGAAAGCACCCCACCUUCUCAUUCUCAAAUAUUAAAAUGCAACACUUGCUGUUGGUCAUACAUGUUUGCACAAAAGUUUAUUUAAAAAAAGUCAUGAAGCAACAUAAGAUUCAUGAAAAGAAGUACUACUUUUACCUAUACAGAUCUCAGACAGUUCAAGACAUUUCAUAAAAGGAAAUACUUUGGAAGUACUUUACAAAAAUGUACAAAAAUAUUGUUCUCCAUGAGGUUAAUUGAAUGUCUCUCAGACCAGGAUGUUCUUACACAGCUAUGACACUGACUGUUGGAAAUGCAUAAAGACUUCUGGAGAUCUUCAGGAUAAGGUACAUUCAGUUUUAAUAAUGUCAAAGCCUCAAGCUUUGCAAAGAAUAGAGU